AUCUAUUGGCACCAAAAUCAAAUGUUGAUCAGCUGUGAAUGUCGUCGUGUUUACCACUAACCCCAAAUCACCGGUCGCAAAUUCAAAUUUACCAGAACCUGUGCCUUGUGAGAUGUCUCGGAAAUCUUAUCAACAUAGAACUGUAAAUACCAGUGCCGACUCAAUUGAAAUUUCUUAGGGGAGAUUAUUUUCUGAUGACCUGUCUUCUAUACCAGAUAUUGGAACUCAACAAGGAUAUGAAAUGACUUCUCAACAAUCUCCAGAGAGGGCAGCAGACAUGAAUACAUCUCCAAUGAGUCACCAGCUGACAAGUGAGGAGAGAAAACAUUAUGACAGAGCUUUAAGAGACAUGUGUAAGAUCAUCAAAGCAAGUAGUAGAAGACUUGGAGAUGUAUCACCACAGAGUGACAAAGAUGAAAGAUUUUUGAGGUCGAUGAAGCAGAGGAUGUACCAGGACAGGCAUACAUUGUCAGAGGAACUUGCAACUCUUUCUGAUCCAGAUGUAACCCUUCAGAUUGGAGCUUCAUAUGAUAAGAGAACUUCUAAUGGCUUGGGUCUUGCAGGAAGAAGAAAACAUGAUCUAUAUGACCAUGAGGAUGAGGACUAUGAGGAGGAAGCGGAGGUAGAAGAUGAUGACUACCAGGAUUAUAGAACAAGUCCACCCAGCACACAGAAGUAUCAUAAAGCAGGACGCAGGGACGAUGAUGCUCGCUUGAGCCCAGGAAAGUCAUCUGGACGGGUUGAGGCUGUUUAUGCAGAACUGGUUACCAUUAGCUCUAAACUUCAGAAACAGAACAUUGCCCUACAGGAGAGGGAGAAAGCAUUGGAAAAACGAGAACGAUCUCUUCAAAAUCUAGAAGAAACGCUUCAGACUGACCAUUCAUCUAUCCGUCAAGCUUACAAAGAUUUCAAUAACAGAUGGCAUAAAUUGGAAGAGGAGCACAGGAAACAGGUUAAAGAGUUAGAGGAUACCAUCAAAGAAAGAACCAAAGAAAAUAAAAGACAGAAAGAAUCAUUUGACACACUGAAGCAGGCCAACGAUGGAUUAAGAAAUCAGCUUGACAAGGUGGAGGAGCAGAACAAAAAGCUUGAAUCCCAAGCCAUCAGUCUUCAGAGCCGCUUGACCAACCUACUGAGGAAACAGGAACUGACCAGUCGACAGAGAGACCAAGAGAGCAUGGCGGUCAAGGCAAAGGUUGAGACGGUCAAGAGACGGGUUGAUGGGUCAGCACAGAAAAGUGUUAUGUCUAGAAGCACAAAGCAAUCAUCUGGACUAUAUGACGCAUUAGGAAUACUUCUCGAGUGGGUCAGUGAAGUCCAUCUCAGGCAUUACUCUGAUGAUCCAUCCAAACCUUUAGAAUCCAUGCCUUCGCAAGCACUUACUCAUGAUAGAUGCAUAAGGAUUUUACCAUCAUUGGUUGAGGUCCUUGGACAGCUUCCAUCACAGGCUGCUAAAUUACAUCUCCCUUGUCUUCAAUUCAUCUACUGGUCACUCUUAUGCCUACAGUCAUCAGAUAAACAGCAAAUCAGUCUGUCAUCAACAUAUCGUCGUCUUGGUGAUGAGUUGUACCGCCCUCAGGUGGUUAGGUUUGCGUCUGAUCGAGAUAAGACUAGCCCUGAUCCUGCCCAGACUGAGAAACCCAAGUCAGCAAUAUUCUUCAAAAGCACCAACCUUCAUAUUAGAUUCCUCUCCUCUCUUAUCAUUAUGAAGACUAUCACUCAGGUGGACUACUUAGCCAAUGUCUUUGAUGUACUCCGGUGUGAUCUGAAGGAUGAUAGAGCUAAGGAGUUGUAUCUCCGCUACCAAGCCACGCCCCUCAUCCUCUCUCAUCUUAGAGCAAGUAACAGAGCUAUUACAGGUUGUGCUGUGGAUAUCUUCUUACAGAUGUCUAUGGAAUCAAUAUUUAUGCAGCAGUUUUUGUAUAGCUGUUGUAAUGAUGUCUGGUUCAAGUCUUGUGCUGCCCUCUUGAGUUCAUCAGGAAUGGAUAUCAAGGUCGUCGAAAAAUUGAGCAUUAUCCUCCAGAAGCUCUCCAAAAUCAAGACCAACAAGAAUUUCUUUGACUCCUCUGGUACCUCUGUCAUCAUUCAAGAGAUGUCAAGAUCAAGGGAAUGUCAGGAGAAUGCUUUCCUAGCCCUCAACCUCCGUUCUAUACUCUUCAAUCUCAACCUUCUAAAACCCAGCUCUUCUAGCACAAGAUGAAAGCCACCAUCAAAGCAACAUCAGAAAGCGGAACGAAUACCAGUUUCUAAGAAUUAUUUGGUCUUAUCCUCUUCUCUAUCCGCUUCAACAUCAACCUUCUUAAAAUUAUAGUCCUAAUUUGGGGAUGCCAGCCACCAUCACAGCAAGCAUCAGGAUUACGCAGCAGUUGUGGAUACCAGAUUACCAGUACCACAUUCCAGAAUCCUAUACAUAAAGUCUCAAACUCUGUAACAUCAUCUUUAUCCUUAACCUCCAAAACCCAGCUCUUCCACAAGAUGAAAGGAGAUGAAGGACACCAUAUAUACCAGUAUCAUUCAUAAUCCAGAAUCCUCUGGUCUGACACUAUUUUUUUAAUCCUCUUCAACCUCAACCUCUCUGAGAGCCACCAUCAGCCCGAGCAUCAAGACUACUAUAUGCUGAAAUUAGUACCGGUAUAAACGGACAAGAAUUCUUUAGGGAUGUGUUUUAUGAAACUGUUUAUAAAGUUGUGCGAGCCUUUAUGAACAGCUACAGUUUAUGCAUGUGCACUUCUUCCCUUAAAGUAGAUACUUCAUUGCUCUUUAAUACCGGACUGCAUUCCCUUUACUAUUUUAAAUGAACAAGGUUACUACUGGCUUAAUACUUUGAUAGGAAAUCUACACCCAUGACACAUACAAAUAAAAUAGCAAAGUGCUAUUUCACCAAGCUUCAGGCUAUCAGCCUGUCUUUCUCUCUAGGAAGAUAUCUCACCAUUCCAAAUAGUUUCAUUGAGGAAAUUAGACUAGAAUCAAUAACACAUCAUUUUACGAGCCUCUGGCGUUGCACUGCUUCCAAGGAAUACAAACUAGGUCAAAACUUUCACAGUAUUCAUGUUGGUUUGACAGCUGUAAUAAGAAAAGUAUGCACAAAUUAGUCUCAAGUAUCUGUACUUGCACUCUAGUUGAAGAUUUUCAAUGUAUUUAAGGGCGUGUUGCUCUACAUCAUUGGAGUCUCCGGUGGGCCCUGACCUAAUUUCUUCUGCAAAUAAUCAAUGCUGUAUGGUACAGUGUGACAAGUUUAAACAGAAGUUGAUGACCAAUAUAAAGAGAGAGAGAAGGGGUUUUAAUGGUCUAUUGUUUUUAUUCUCAAUUGUUGAUUGAUGAGAUUUUGUCAUUCUUGCUUUGGUCUAUUUGAUACUCAAGAGGAUAGUUGUGAUGAAUGUGCCCUGUUUGUAUAGCAUUGAGUUGCAGGAAGGUGGGUUGGCUGAACUCAUAUAAUAUGAGUGCAACAAACUGAGCUGGUAAUGCACUAAUGACAUUUAGAAACAAGCAUUGCUUUUUUCAGGGGAAGGGAGAGAGGGUAGGGAUGGGGAAGAAACGGGGGGGGGGGGGGGGGGGGCUUUCAUGAGGAUAUAUCCAGGUAGCAAGUUACAUUCUAUUGAAUUUCUAAUACAGGAAAAUUUUACUAAGGAAUAAACAUUGUUAUCUCUUAUUGAUCUAUUUUUCUAUGUAUAUUUUGCACAUAAAAGUAAUAUAUUUAUAUAUGUAAAGAUGUGUAUGUCAUUUGAAGUGAAAUAUUGGCAUGAAUAAAAAGCCAUGCUCAUAAAAAAGAUGAUAUAAUAUGUUCAUUUGUAUUCAGUAUAUUUUGGUUCUAUUACAAAUAAAGAUGUGUCACUUUCACCUCUUGAAUCCCCUCA